AUGGCUUGUGUGAUUUCCAGUUCAAGAUUCUGUGGGUUAGGAAUAAGUUUUUGCUCUGUUGAAUCAAAAGAUGCUGCAGGCUCCUCUGAUGCAAACACCACAGCGGUUGCAUCUGCUGAACCAGGAAAUGCUUCUUUUCAUCCGUUUGACAAUCGACAGGAUCCUGCCAAGCCACUAGCAAUCGUCGAACAGUGUUCAGCAACUGAUUCCCGCUAUCCUUUUCCAUAUACACAACUAGGCCCUUCAUGCUACAACACAAGACGUACUGCUGGCUCUGGACUACACACAGGAGCUUUAAUAUCUUCGUAG